AAUUUGUCUUGUUUUGCCUUUAUCGUGUACAACCUCUACACAUCUGUGUCCUCACUUUUUCGGCUUUGCGCGAAACUCCACCUAGUCAGUCCGUUCCGCUGUUUUGCAAUGGACGGAAGCAAGGUUCUUAUCGCGGGGCUUUACGCUCUUUUUGCCGUAUCAUUCCCUUCUACCGAUGCCCAAUUUACCGGGUGCGAUAGGCAGAAGACUUUCACGGCCGGUGAAGUGUUUUACGUGGAGUCACCGAACUUUCCCAACUACUACGCGAAGGGUACCAACUGUCGGUGGCAGCUGACUGCCCCGGUCGGGAACACGUUCUACGUCAACUGCUAUGAUAUGUAUCUGGCAACGACAACCGGAUGUACGGCGGAUCGGUUGGAGAUAUCCCUCCAAAAUGAUCCUACUCUCGUCUACGCCACCAAGUACUGUGGACAGAAAACCUUCACACUUGAAUCUACUGGUAAUCGGGCAGUGUUUGCUUUACGAUCGACUACCACGUCGACAGGAGGACGGUUCCGGUGUCAGGUCGUGGCACAGGCACCACAAUGCAGAUGUGGAUUGCGCCGAACAUCGAAGAUCGUAAACGGUGUACCAACGCUCGUCAACGAGUUCCCAAUGAUGGCCGGGCUGGUCGAUACUACAUCACGCUCCCUCUUCUGUGGUGCUACGAUUAUUUCUGAGUAUCACUCUGUAACAGCUGUUCACUGCAUGAGGGGACGUAGCAUCUCGGCAGUAGGGUUGCUGGUUGGUGAUCAUGAUCACACCAUCGGUUCUGACACUAGUUAUUCGGUGCUGAUGCGUCUCGCCUCCGUUACGAACCAUCCAUCGUACGUGGCCAGUCCGUCGCAGAAUGAUAUUGCGAUCGUUCGUACAGUUGAUCGUAUCAUCUUCAACGCUGGUGUAGGACCCGCUUGUCUACCAAUGCGAUUCGCAAACUCCAACUUUGCGGGCUCCGUCGUUGAGGCGACUGGCUGGGGAACGAUGGACUUCAGUGCACCAGCCUCAAACGUUCUCCGGAAGGUGUCGCUUAACGUCAUUACUCAACAAUCUUGCCAAUCGUCUUUGCCCAACAUUUUUGCCUCGCAUAUCUGCACCUACACGCCCGGCAAGGACACGUGUCAGUACGAUUCGGGCGGUCCACUCUUCUACACGUCCGGUGGCUACGUGUAUCUGGUCGGUGUUGUCAACUACGGUACGGCUUGCGCAUCUACCAAACCGUCUGUCAGCGCCCGAAUCACUUCCUACCUGUCGUGGAUCCAAAGCGUGACACCGGGCGUUACCUACUGCACACCGUAAAGGGAAAAACAACGGAUGAAACGAUGAAAUUAAAUACACUUACUUGAAA